AUGGAAGCAAUUAUCGACCAGGUGCAAGCAUUGGCGGCAAAGGCUGACGAGGCUGGUCGUGCCCGUCUCCUCGAUGAUCUUCGAGACCUUCAGGGUCGUGUUGAGUCACCUCAGGAUACUUUCUUUAGACUAUUGAACUCGCAACUCGAGCUCGCCGUUAUCUAUCUCGGAUCGGAAUUGGGUCUUUUCGCGGAACUUGCCAAAGAUGGCACAGAUGCCAUCACAGCGACAGAGUUGGCAGGGCGUUUAGGGGCUUCUCCCGAGCUUCUCGAAAGGAUACUCCGAUAUCUUGCGUCAGUCGGGUACAUGGAAAACACCGGGCCAAAUCAGUACAAAGCCAAUAAAGCAACUCACAUGUGCGCACUUCCAAUGAUACGGCCGGGGCUGAUUCACGCGUUCGAUAUCAUGGGUCCCGCCAUUCAAGCAUCGCCGUCCUUCUUUGCCGAGACAAAGUACCAGGACAUCAGCAACACUCGAAAUACGCCAUUCCAAAAGGCAUUCAAGACUGAUCUUGCCGCAUUCGAAUGGAUCUCGCAGCAACCGAGGCUGUUCACCACUAUGCAACAAGUCAUGACCAUGAUGCAAGGAAGCGAGUGGCUUGUUGAGUUCAAGACUCUGGACAACGCCGCACGCGCCUUAGAAGAAGAGAAGGCUCUGCAGGAAGAGUCUGAAAGACCCUUCUUCGUGGAUGUCGGGGGUGGUCAUGGCCACCAAUUGGUGCAGUUGAGAGAUAAGUAUCCUCACCUCAAAGGCAGACUCGUCCUACAAGACCUCCCUGAAGCGGUGGAGAAACUCCCAUCAAUCGAAGGAGUGAAAACCGUUGCACACAGUGCUCAGUUCUACUACCUCCGCCAUGUUCUGCAUGACUGGCCUGAUGCAGAAUGCGUGAAGAUUCUGCAGAAUCUGGCCUCCGCUCUUCGCAGCGACUCCCACAUCUUGAUCGAUGAGAUUGUUCUUCCGGAUGUGAAUGCGCAUUGGCAAGCGACAAUGAGAGACGUGACCAUGAACCUCAUGUUUGGCGGGAAAGAGAGAACGAGGAGUCAGUGGACGUCCCUGGCUGAGCAGGCUGGGCUGCGAGUGCUUCAAUUCCACAACUAUAGCAUAUCUCAAGCCGAGUCGGUGGUUGUGUUGACGCGUCCAUGA